AUGACUGCGACCGCCGCUGCGACCGCAAUACCCCUCGGCGUAGUGCCCUUGCCACCAGCCCGAGAGAUACCAUCUACUUUCGUUUCUAGCUUGAAGAGCUGGUGGGCCGCAGGCGAGAAAGAGAGCGCCGCAGCUGAAGAACGACUGCUCAGGAAAUUGUCCUUCUUUCGCCCUGAAGGCUCCCCGCCCGUGUCGCCCAAUGAGGACACACCGGUGGUUGCACGCAGCAUCCGCGUCGAGCUUCAGGACCCCAAGCAUUACCUUAAUACCUUAGCGAUCACGCCAACGGCGGAACCUGCCUCAUCCAGCCAUCCUCCGGCGGUCCUCCUCCACGGGUAUGGCGCAGGUCUCGGCUUCUUCUUCCAGAACUUUACCGCCCUCGGCCAGUGGGCGGGCAGGCAGGGGACGUCCGUAUAUGCCCUCGACUGGCUCGGCAUGGGCCGUUCCGCGCGCGUGCCCUUUGCAAUCAAGGCGAAGCGCGAAGAUAUCGAUGGCCGUGUGCGGGAAGCUGAGGGAUUCUUCAUCGACUCGCUUGAGCAAUGGCGGGAGCGCAUGGGGCUCGAACGCAUGACCCUUGUCGGGCACUCGCUCGGGGGCUACCUUAGCGUGGCGUAUGCGCUCAAGUACCCGACCCGCGUAAGCAAGAUCAUUCUCCUUUCGCCUGCUGGCGUGCCGCGGGACCCGAACAGCACCGUGUACUCGCGCGAGGUCACGGACGCUCCGGACUCUGGCGCAUCCAGCUCCGACCAUGCGGAGGACGCGACGCGGCCGCGCAUCGAGAAAGUCAAGUCCGGUCAGCAAGAAGCCCAACGCAAGGAGAGCCGGUCGCGUCGUGUACUCACAUAUCUCUGGGAGGAGGGUUGGAGUCCGUUCCAGGUGGUCCGUUCGUCGCUAUUCUGGGGGCCGAUGCUGGUCGGCAAGUAUUCGAGUCGCAGGUUCAUCGGCCUCGAUCAGGACGACACGCGGGCUAUGCACGACUACAUCGUCAACCUAGUGUUGGCUAAGGGUUCGGGAGAGUAUUGUGUCUCUCAUUUGCUCGCCCCUGGAGCUCAUGCGCGACGCCCCUUAGUUGAUCGGGUAGCCAACCUGAAAGUUCCGGUGACCUUUGUCUAUGGCCAACAGGACUGGAUGGAUCCUGAUGGCGGUGCUGAGGCCGUCGAGAACAUGCGACAGGCAGGUAACGGCGACGGCAAGAUGUACAUUAUACCGCACGCUGGACACCACGUUUACCUCGACAACCCUAAAGCUGUUAACGAUCUGCUUGUCAAGGAACUAGACCGCCAUCGAGACGAUGCAUAA